GGCCGCCGGCGCCGGGCGAGCAGCACCGCCGCCGCACAACUCGAAGACCGGCCUCUUCCGGAACUGCCCCUCGGCCUUGUCCGUACCCACCCUCGUUCCCCUGGGGCAGAACCGUCCAUUCCCCGCCCCGCUGACGAUUUACUAGCCGUUAGACGGUUACUUCACCCCGUCCUUUUCCUCCCCGCAGGGUUCGAAUUCGAAUCCCCGGACCCUCCAAACUCCAAAUCCCCCAACAUCAUCAACGGCGCCUCGUUUCUUUUAGCGAUUGGAUCGAGUAAUCCCAAACUGAGGCUGAUGGGGAUGGAAGCGAAAUGUGGUGGCCUGGCCGUCGCUGCCGGCGCCACGGUCCGGCGGCCGCUGCAGCAGCGGGACACCAACGUGGCCGCGUCCACGGUGGUGGUCGCCAAGGCCGCGCCGAAGCCCAAGGCGAAGCCGCCGAAGGCCGUGACGAGGCUGGCUGCUUCGCCUUCACCGCUCCUACCGCCGCCGCCGCCGGCGGCGGUGGUGGCGAAGCCGCAGGUGAAGGCUGAGUGUGGCGCGGCGGCCGUGGCGGAGGUGUCGCUCGCGGAGGAGCUCGAGAGGGCUCGCGAGCGGCGGGGCCGGCUGCGGGAGGCGAGGGAGCGGACGGAGCGGGAGAUGGAUUGUCGAGCGGAGGCGCUGGACCGGGAGGCAGCGGAGUGGGAGCGCCGCGCGGGCGAGCAGCGGAGGCUCGUCGCCGAGCUCACGCGCCUCGUUGGGAUGCCCGAGGUCUAUACUCCUGUGGAAUCGCUGAGAUCCAGGGAGGAGAGGAAGCGAAGAGGGGCGAUUGGUCCUUCGGUUUCAAGGGGUUCCACCUCGACAGCAUCAACAUUGCCGGCUGAUGUUGGAGCAGAAUCCUGUAGCGAUCAGGAAUCUGAGGCAACUGGAGUGACAAAUGAGAGGGUGAAAACAACUGAGAUCACAGCAUGAUUUUGUGCCACGCGCUCGGUUCAACUGAAAACAGAGGCGCCUGUGCCUCUGUUCUUUUCUCGUAUAAAUUGUCAGUUGUGAAUGAAAUCAAAUGGCUUGUUUGAGUGUUUUGUUCUGAA